UUUGGAUUUCAAAAGUAAUCAUUCUGCUCCUUAAAGUGUAACCUUUAAAACUCUAUAUUCCAUUAUUCUGGAUCUAAAAUAGUUUUGAUAUAGUGAUCAAAUUAAGUUAUUCUAACCGUUAAAUUCUACUCGACUUAGUGACCGUGAAUUGUGCUAAGUGACCUUGUGAGCUUCAAUGUCAAUAAUUGUUCAGUAAUUACUCACAACCGCACUCACUGCGCUGUAUAUAUAUUUCAUAAUUUCGAAAAAGUUUCUUAAGUUGUCGCUGGCGCGGAGGUGCAAGCGCAAAGUGCGACAUUGACGGAGGUUGCGGGUUCAAGUCUUGGAAUUCAUCCUUUGAUUUUUUUUUUAUUAUUAUUGUUGCUAUUUUUUUUUUUUUACAAUGUCGUCAGACAAAAUACAAUGUGCUGGAUGCCUUAAAUUAAUUGAAAACAAGAGAUAUCUUUAUUGUGGUGGAUGUAAUCAACACUUUGAUUUGGAUUGCGCAAAUAUAUCCGAGCAGCGCUUUUAUAACACCUUAACGAAGGAGCAUAGAGAUGCUUGGCGGUGUGUGAUGUGUAAAAGCAGGCAACCUAAAUUCGACAAUACGAAUACUCCUGUUCGAGCAGCAGUAGAUGGUGUUACUGUGCAGCGCGGAGGAGCAGUUCCGGGCUCACCCUUGCAUAUGGAUAUUUCUCUGGCAGAGCAGUCAAUAUUAAAUGAUACCACUCUAAAUACCACCAGCGAAAUAACGGAUAUACAAGCGCUUACUAUGGAGAUACGUCUUUUUAGAGAUGAAAUGAAGUCGACACGGGCUCAGUUAAAAACUUUAAAUGAGACAUUGACUGCAAUCUCGAGUAGAGUUAGUGCAUGCGAGAGUCGUAUGGAUAAGAUAGACGAAUGCAUUAAUAGCUUGGAGAAUCGGAUGGGCAAUAUGUCCGGUGUGCAGCAAUGUGACACAUCACUUCUCGCUUCUAUUAACGAGUUAAAAAUGGACAUCAACGAUAGAGAUCAAGAUCUUUUAUUAAACGAUAUAGAAAUAUCUUGUAUUUCGGAGCAAAAAGAGGAAAGCCUGUCGCAUGUUGUUACGACUCUCGCUGUUAAGCUGGGUGUUAAUUUGUCCGAUCAGGACAUAGUGAGUGCGAGACGUGUGGGACGCAUGGCAGAGUCUCUAGAAGUGAGUUCGGAGCGCCCUCGUCCUAUUGUGGUACGACUGGCGCGCCGUGCUAUCCGUGAUCAGCUGCUACAGGCUGCGCGGGUACGCCGCGGUGCCACCACGGAAGGAACGGGACUGCCAGGCGUACCGCGCCGCUUUUAUUUAAAUGAGAGGUUGACAAAGGUUAACAGACAACUAUUUCGACGCGCACGGACUUUUUGUAAUCAGUAUAAAUGGCGCUACGUGUGGACAAAGGAAGGCAGGAUAUAUGUGCGGCAAUAUCACGAUAGAGAUUCUCCACGUUUGCGUUUGCGGACGGACGAUGAUUUUGUUCGAGUUUUUGGUCCGGAAGCGGUUCGUUCUAUUUUUUAAAUCUCUACGUUACACAUAUUUAGUACACUGCUGUAAUUACAUUUUCUUCGAAAUUUCUAAAAAUGUACAAAAAACAUUAUUAUUUGUUUAUAAUCUAUAUUUUAUUGUUAUCAGUGUACAAAAGCUUGAGGUAGUGUUAGUUUUAUUUCUUUUUUAUGGUAUUUUGUUACAUUUAUUGCAUGCUUUAGUCAAUUUUUUUACAAUUUUGGAGUAUAUUUAUUUAUUGUUUAAUAGCUUGAGUGGUUUUGUAUAUAUUUUCCUUUUUUAUACACAUUGUACGGCUACUCCGCUAUUUACAUAUAAAAGUAGGGUGAACCAGUGUGUCGCAGUGAUAAUAUUCUAUGAUCUUGAACCGUUUGUAUCGAUACUACACAUAUACCGAUUAUUGUUUUUUUACACCUUUUACUUAUAUUUUAAUAACUUACUAUUUUCUUUUGUUUGCAAUUAUUUUGAA